UUUCUAUGGCCAGCUGUCACGUGUUGGACGCUGUAGACAGACUACUCCAAGAUGUUCGUAAAGACUGUCGUCCAUUCGGUGGUGUUUGUAUUCUUCUUAGAGGAGACGUCAAGCAGUUACUCCCCGUAGCAGCUGGCAGGGUUAGACAAAUUGAACUCUAUUUCACCAAUUGUAAGGCCUGGAUUCAUUUCAAAGUAUUGAAACUGAAGAUCAAUAUGCGUAUAGAGACGGGAGAAGACGAAUUCGCUAAAUGGCUAGAAGAACUCGGCCAAGGUACUUUAAACGAGAAAGUAAUAGAUAAUUCAGUUGAUUCUGUUCGUUUAUCGGAACAUUGUUUAACGAAUAAUAUUACAGAAGACGUCUUCGGUCAUCCCGAUUCAUUAACGGCUGAACAAUUAGCUUCACGUGCUAUUCUUUGCCCAAAGAACGAGCAUUGUAAUAGAUUGAAUGAUGUUAUGCUUGAAUCGUUUCCCGGACCACUAAUCACACUUCGAAGUAGCGAUAGUGUUGCUUCUGGAGACGAAGAUGAAAUAGCGAACUUUCAGUUAGAAUAUUUGAAUAGCAUAACACCCAGUGGAAUGCCCCUCCACGAGUUUAAAAUAAAAGUAGGCGUACCAGUUAUUCUUUUACGAAAUUUAAAUUUGAACGAUGGAUUAAUUAACGGUACAAGACUACUGGUGUUAUCUGUAACCGAUGCCCUAAUAACAGCAAAAAUUGUAAAUGGUCGUUUCAUCGGAAGAAUAACUUUCAUCCCCAGAAUGGAUCUAACCUCUUCAGAUAAAACGAUCCCCAUUACUUUAAAGAGGAGACAAUUCCCACUGAAAGUUUGUUUCGCACUCACAAUCAAUAAAGCUCAGGGUCAAACAUUUAACCAAGUAGGCAUUUACCUUGGUAGUCCUGUGUUUUCCCAUGGCCAACUUUAUGUUGCAUUUUCAAGAGCUCGCAAUUGGAACGCCGUGAAGGUUAAAGUAGAGCAGACUAAACAUCAGGGUAAACUGCUGAAAUUCGAAAUUCUCAAACAACAUUCAUACCAAAAAUAUAGUUUUCGACAACAUUCUAAAGACCAUAGAAUAAACAACCAUCUAUCACAAGAGCCAAUAAAUCAUAAAUGUGUAGAAAUAUAAUAUUGUCCUAUAGCGCAAAUAAAUAAAUUACUUCAAAUUUAAACAUAAUUUAAAUUGAAUAUAACAUUCAUAACAUGAAAUUUUUUGUUUCGUCAACCAUGUUCAAUGAGUUAACUUUCCACGAUAAUAUUAUAUGAUUUAUAUAAAAUAUAACCAAUUGGACUCGAGGAAACGACCACAAUACAACAGAACACAAGUUAUGUUUAUAUACCAGAACAGAAAUAAGGAAUGCAUCUGCUAUCAGCAUAUUCUAUUUUAAAUGUACAUUUUGCAUAGACAAAACGGAUGACAAAAUAUUCCGACUGCAACUAAACAUCAAAAGACUCAUUCAACCAGACAUCUCCAAUCUUACUUCACCUAAAUGAAGCCACAUCUAUUCCUACUUCACCCAAAUGAAGCCACAUCUAUUCCUACUUCACCCAAAUGAAGCCACAUCCAUUCCUUCUUCACCCAAAUGAAAUGGAGCCGUUCCCACCUCCCCCUGAUGAAGAUACCCAAUAAUUUUUAUCCCUUUUCACUUCACCUUUAUGAACAAUUCAAAUAACCUAUAGUGAAAUGUGAUUAAUAUAACAUAGUGUCAUAUAAUCAUAUUUAGUAACACUAAGGUGAGUGAAAAGUUAUGACCUUGAAAAAUAUUUUUAGUUUCGUUGAGUUAAUUAGUAUUAUAUAUAAAAUAACCAUAA